AUGCGGUUGAGUGCCGGAGCCUUGCUCCGCUUCUCAACAUCCCAAAUAACCACUCUUGUCGUCGUCCUCUACGCAGCUGUAUUUAUCAACGUACUCAAUUUCGACAAUUUGCCAUCUAUCCCCCGGGAUACUAAGGGUUUGAACUUGGAGACGGCGUAUGCGGCGUUGAACAAGGUCACUCUUCGGCCUCGUCCUUUCAUUUCCCAUGCAAAUGACGAAGUCCGUGCAUACAUCCUCGAUCGUCUCUCUCCCCUCGCGGCGAAACACGAACAUGUGCACCUUUCCAACGACUUGAAUUCCAACGUCACCUUCUCGCCUUCCAGAAACUACACGGUGUAUUUUGAGGCCAACAACGUUCUCCUCAAGAUCGAUGGCACCCAUCCCUCGUCUGAUGGUGUUCUUUUCUCCUGUCACUUUGACUCAGUUUCGACGGCCCCUGGUGCCACCGACGACGGGAUGGGUUUAGCCACACUCUUGGAGCUUUCCGAGUUUUAUUCUCGGCAGCGCCCGCGACGAACAGCUAUCUUCUUCUUCAAUAACGGCGAGGAGGACUUCUUGAACGGCGCUCAUGCCUUCUACGAGCAUCCUUGGUCCAACCUUACCUCUACUUUUGUCAAUUUGGAGGGUGCAGCUUCCGGCGGACGGCCCCUCGUGUUCCGUAGUACCGGAUAUGGAGCAGCACGUAGUGUUGCGGGCAAUGGGGUGACACAUCCUCACGGUAACUCUCUGACAUCAGACGCCUUCUCCCUUGGGUUCAUUCGCAGCGCAACCGACUAUGAAAUAUACGCUCGUGGACUCAAAGGCAAGAUCCCGGGAAUGCAAGGCGUCGACUUCGCUUUCUACAAGAAUCGUGCGUAUUAUCACACUCCGCGCGACUCCAUCGCGGGUAUGGGGGAAGGGCAAGGCCGCAAGGCACUCUGGGCGAUGAUGGAGACAACACUUGGAGUGGGAGAUGCUAUGCUGAACGAUGCAACGCCUAGCGUCGACGCUCGGCCGUCGGUCUACUUAGAUCUGUUUGGUCGGACCUUGCUCAUUGUCCCAAUGAGUGCGUUGUAUGCGUUCAACGUCGUUCUCCUCGUGGUCGGGCCCAUCGUUUUGAUCGCGUUAAUUGCAUGGGUCAUGCUUGUCGCCAAAGAGCAGUCAACCGAAGAAUUUGCACCACAUUAUCAAGGAGCACGAGGGAAGCUCAAGCUGGUCGUCAAAGCUGUGGCAGGCUGGGAACGCUUCUGGAUUGCCCUUGUUAUCUGUGCACUGGUGCACGCGGGGGUGAUCACAGGGUUUCUAUGCCUUAAUCCCUUGAUCGUCCACUCCCGAGCCUAUGCUGUCAUGACGGCGUUCCUCGCCAUCUCGUACCUAACGCUGGUUACCCCUCUUCAAGUCCUUCACUACUUGAUUCCCCCCACAUUCGUUUCACAGAAGCUUGCAGUCAUCAUCUCCCUGUCUGCAUUCAGCUGGCUUCUCCUUCUCGCUUCAACAGUGGCUAUCGCCCGACUUAGCAUCGGGUCGUUGUACCUCGCAACCUUCCUGUAUCUUGGUGCUUGGCUCGCAGGCAUCCUUGAACUCCUCCGCGCUGUUGGCCGACGUGAUCCAGGGAACGAACUCGGUCAUCGCAGUGAGUUGUUCACUUCUCCAACGGAGCAGAAUGCGUCUUUGGAGGGGGAGGUCCCCAGUCGCCGACAGGUGCACGGAGUCAUGUACACGGCGCCCACCGCAGAAGACCAUUCCGCUGAUCAAAUUCAAGACGGUCAAGAGGUUGAAACGGACCCCACCGAGAUCACCCCUCUUAUGCAUCAACAUCGUCGCACAACUCAAGGCGGCCACGAAUACAUCACGCUCGAUGCGCCUGGCAGCUUAAAGUCCACCAAUCAGCCGGCUGAAGAAUACGGGUGGUGGAUCUUGCAGCUGAUAUUCCUCGUGCCGAUGAACGCCAUCGUGUUGUUCCAACUCGAGACCUUGCUUUUGAAUGCCAUGAUGCACACUCUGGUGGACGGCAGCCCCGCCCUGACACUGUACCUGAUGCUGGCGGUUUUCUCCAGCCUGACAUUUGUCCCUAUCAUGCCUUUUGCACACAAGCUCUCGAGAAGUCUCAACACGAUUCUAUUUGCCCUCUUCAUCGUGCUUGUAUUCGUUUGCUGGACCGCCUUCCCCUUCACCCUCGAGUGGCCCUUCCGCGUCUACUUCCAGCAGUCCGUUGAAUUGACCCCGUCAUCCGGCUAUUCUUCCGGCACCAGCAUCGUCCGUGCCAGUACGGCGCUCACCGGCCUCGACGGAUACAUCAAUCGCUUCAUCACUCCAACCAUCCCGUCCUCUCACACCUCGGAGAACAACCUGACUUGCGAUCCACAGGGGUUGCGACCUGACCUCAUGACUUGCUCCUGGUUCACCGACCUAUACCCAUCCCCUGGCAACUCCACCCUUUCACUCCUCCCUCACCCCAAUCACAAGUACCUCGACGUGCACACCUCCCGCUUGAACGACACGCGCGCGCUCAUACGCGUGCGCGGCACGAAUACCCGCGGCUGCCGUCUCUACCUCGACCGCCCGAUAACAUUUUUCCACGUCCACCCGCGCGACCGCCGCGCCCCUGCUACGCCAUCGCCGUGGGGCACGAUGCGUAUGCAAGGCGGGUACGAGAUCCCUGCGGGCGGCAUACGCGAGGCACGGCUGUGGAGCCGGGAGUGGGGCCAGGAGUUCGUCGUCGAGGUCGGAUGGGAGUCCGACGACGCGCUGCCGAACGACGGGGCGAUCACAGGCCGCGCGGCGUGCGAGUAUGCCGAGUACGCGAGUGCGGGCGUCGGCGUACCGGAAGGCUCGGGGCGCAUUCCUGCGUUCGAGGAGGUGAAGGCCUUCCUCCCGUUGUGGGCGCUGCCCACGAAGACCGCCGACGGGCUCGCAGAGGUGUGGAUGCGCUUCUCCACGUGA